AAGAAUGUAGGUCAUAUGAAAAUUUUCCGGAUAUCCCGCGUUUGACAUCAGUAAUCGUGAGUUUACCCAGCAAUAAGUUAAAAAUUGGAGUUUUCUGAAUUCUGGUACUGUACCGAGAAUGCCAACCCUCAUCAACCUGCCGCUACUCCUCUCCACUCUUCUGAUACUCUUGGCACCGCCCACUGCCCUAUCAGGUUUCUCAUGUCUGAGCAACCCUUGUGUCCACGGCGUCUGCAUAGAUGACCUGAACUCCACCUACUUCUGCUACUGUAUCGACGGAUACACGGGCGCCCAAUGCCAGACCAACUGGAACGAGUGUUGGUCUUCGCCAUGUUUGAAUGGAGGGGUUUGCAUAGAUGGCAUUGCCAUGUUCUACUGUUCGUGUGCUCCUGGAUAUACAGGUGACCUCUGCGAGGUGGACAUCAACGAGUGCGAGAGCAAUCCCUGCCAAAACAACGGUACCUGCUUAGAUGCCAUGAACGGCUACACCUGCAGCUGCUUACCAGGUUACUCCGGGUUUCAUUGCGAAAUAGACGUAGCCGUCUGUAAUGCUACCAACGAGACCCGCUGCAUGAACGGCGGAAUAUGCGAGGAGGGGCCUGGAGACUCCUUCUCAUGCAGAUGCGUCAACGGUUGGAUGGGCUUAUUCUGCGAAACAGAAGUAGACGAGUGCUUGUCUGCGCCUUGUCAAAAUGGAGCUGUUUGUGUAGACCUGCAAGGUGACUAUUCUUGUGCCUGCCUCUUUGGCUAUAGUGGAAGAAACUGCGAAGAUGUAAUGCAUAUAUGUGAAAAGAAUCCAUGCAAAAACGGGGCCUUAUGUCUAAUGGAAGGUGAACAUAAUGUCUGCUACUGUGUACCAGAUUUUCACGGAAACAUGUGCCAAUAUCAAUACGACGAAUGUCAAUUAGGACCAAGAUGUUUAAAUGGGGGAACAUGUAUAGACGGUGUAGAUAAUUUUACGUGUUCCUGUCCACCGAACCUUACCGGUGUUCUCUGCGAAUGUCUCAUUCUGCAAGAUGCAACGUUAGAUUGCGAGUAUAUAGCACCAUCUGAUUGGAGUCAAACGACUCAAUUAACAACGUCAUCAUAUGGAAGUACCUCAUUCACGUUAUCUCCAAGUACAAGUACUGUUAAAGUUGUAGCACCCAUAUCCACCACUGUGGAAACUUACACGGGUACGGUCAGUACAACGUACAUAAUGGACACAUCUACAGUUACUAAAGCGGAGACUGUGUUUCCCAAUUCUACAGAAUUUGCUACUACUACAAAAGCAUCUGUGACAAAUCUCUCCACGCUGCCCUGCGAAACUAGUACCACCACAACUGAAGAAACUCCGUUCACUACAACUAAGCUAUCCACUCUAACAGAAGGAUUUACAAUGCCUGAAAUCAUGACUACUCCAUCAUCUCCAUUUACUGAUCACACAACAUCUGAAGCUUCAUAUAGUUUCGAUACAACUAUUGGAGAAGGCUCAACCUCUCCAAGAACUCCAAGCGUAAAACUGCCGACUGAAUCACCAUCAGCAGUUUCCACUGAAGCUGUGACCUCUGGGGCGAGUUUCACCACUACGAGGGGGACAUCAGUUACAGUUCAGGAGACAACCACUGCCACAGUUACAACUACGUCACAAGAUAGAGCCACAAAUAGAUCUUUUCAAGAAACAACUACAGUGCCUUCAUCGUUAUCAACAUUUUUGACUACCACACCUUCUAGAGAAACAACAACGCUCUCUGGUAGCAGCCCCGAAACCGAAUUUACUACUACCGUAGUAGAGUCGACCCAAACAACUACUAUCUUCGCCAUUAUCGAUUGCACAAAGCCCGAAACGAAGUGCCAAAAUGGAGGUAUGUGCAUCUACGUCGACCGUGGAUAUAAAUGUGCCUGCCCAUUCAAUACAGAAGGCAGAUUUUGCGAGAAGAAACUAGGAAUCGUGACAGCAGCCUUCAGUGGAAACUCACAUCUCUCCCACCAUCUCCCCGAUGCCAAUCACGUCUCCAUACAGCUUGAAGCGAAGACCAUGGCAGAAGACGGUUUGCUUUUUUAUUCGAUCACAGACAAGUUUUACAUGGGAUUGUAUAUAGAACAUGGGUUUCUGAAGUUCAAAUUUUCUUGUGGUUAUCAAACGAUGCUGCUCAGUGAACUUAAAACUUCAGUGAAUGAUGGACAUAAGAUCACUAUAAAAGCAACACUAGAUAUGAGCAAAGAUAAAAGUCACUGUUACGCAAAAAUAAUAGUUAACAAUACACUGUCGAUGACCGGAGACCAAAUGGCUAAAAUCAACGCAUUUUCGAGAACAGAGUCCUGGUUAUACCUUGGAGGAGCACCUAAUUAUUUGGAUAUUGACGUAUUUCCAUGUAGAGGGUUCGUUGGAUGCAUGGGUAAAUUGAAGAUAUCUGACAAGCCUGUGGAUAUCUACAACGAUGCAGAGGACGCAACCGAAAUAAACGAGUGUUCAUCACUCCCCUGCUUAUCCAACCCCUGCAAAAAUGGAGCCUCUUGUGAAUCAGCAGGGGAUGACUGGCAAUGCAGCUGCAAAAACGGAUAUGUCGGAAGGACUUGCGAGACUUCAGUGUGCGAAAAUAAUCCAUGCCUUUUCGGAGGCACCUGUAUACCAUUUACACACAGCGGGUACAUCUGUUUGUGUCCAUUUGGAAAACGGGGACAUUUUUGCGAGAAUGAUAUAAAGAUCUCUGAACCGUUCUUCUCAUCAACCGUCAGGGGUUUGUCUUCAUUCGUGGCGUAUCCUUUUCCAGACGGCAUAGCUAGGAAUAUGGAAAUCAAAUUCAGGUUCACUCCUACCAUGAUGGACCAAAUAUCAUUGAUGCUGUUCCUUGGUCAGUUUGGAUAUCAUGAUUUUUACUCUGAUCACUUGUCAGUUAGCUUUGUCAAGGGGUAUAUUAUGUUAACUUGGAACCUUGGAUCAGGUCCAAGGAGGAUAUUUACUUCUCAUCCAAUUAAAAAAGGCGCCAGGGACUACUUAGUCAGAUUAGGACAUUCUGGAAGACAGGCCUGGUUGUAUGUUGAGAACAUAGGAAAUGUUACAGGGAGGUCGCCUGGGAAUUUGGUGCAGUUAGAUGUUGUCCCAUUACUUUUUAUUGGUGGCCACAGCUCCAGAAACUUUUCUGACCUUCCCCACGACCUCCCCAUGCACACAGGCUUUUCCGGUUGUAUUUUUGACAUAGAAAUGAAGUCGGGCAGCGUCGUGAUUCCCUUUCAUGGUUCGAUGAAGACGUUCGGAAGGGCAGUGGGUCAAUGUGGUACCACGGAGUGUUACGAGAGGAAUUGCCAGAACGACGGUGCCUGUUUGCACCACGGUAGCACUUUCAUGUGCCUCUGCCAGGAAGGAUGGUUUGGACCCUUGUGUUCUUUCAAAAACAAUUUCUGUGAUAGUAGUAUAACAAGAUGUUCAGAAAAAUCUACAUGUAUUCCCCAACUAUCUAGCUAUGAAUGUGAUUGUCCCCUAUCGAGAACUGGAGAAUACUGCCAAACAGUUGAAAACAUAACUGAUGUCAGUUUUUCUGGAAGAAGAUCAUACAUCUCACUGCAACCAAUAGAAAUCGAUGUUGCCAAAUUCCAUGUGGAGAUGGAGAUAAGAACAUUGAAAGAUACUGGCAUUAUAUUUUUUAUUGGCAAAGAAAAUGGCAACUUUCUAUGCCUCACACUGUUGGACGGAUUUUUGGAACUACGAAUUCAGACAAGAAAGAAUAGAGUGUUAGGUGCAAAACCGCUAUUUGUCCGUAGCUCUACAUUUCUUGUGAAAGCAGUAUGGUAUAGAGUGAAGUUCGGACUUUUUGGACAAAAAGCGUACCUGAGUGUGAACAACGUUAUCAAUACUGGAAUUCUGGAGAAAACGCACAAUCUGAUUUUCAGUAAAGAGCCAAUCUUCAUUGGUGGCUUUGCAGAUAUGUCAAAAUUUCCAAUUUUUGCAUCAGGAAGUCUUCCUAUACCAUACAGAGGAUGUAUAAGGCAAAUUUCGAUUAAUGAUAAACAAGUGCCAUUGGAUUCAAAAAAUAUCAAAGAUGCUCGAAACAUAGUCGAUUGUGAUGGAACACCCUGUGGGAGCGACUUUUGUCAAAAUGGAGGCACCUGCUGGUUAGAUGCAGCCUUGAAUCCACAUUGUUCUUGCUUGAGUCCGUAUUAUGGAGAAAGGUGUGAAAGUGUGCAGAGUUGUGAUGAAAAGUCGUGCCGAAAUCACGGAAUUUGUGUGAACAGGACAUGCGCCUGUAAUGUUGGAAGGACUGGGAUGUUUUGUGAGACAGAGAUUACGGUGCAAGUACCAAAACUCUCUGGAGGUGGCUACAUGAUGGUAAAAAAAGGUGGAGAUAAGAAGAGAGCGUUGAGGGAAGUCUCUGUUAAAGAAUUUUAUGUGAACUUUACCACCGUUAGACCGAACGCCUUGAUAUUGUGGAGCCAAAAGAACAACAACUUCAUAGGUAUGGGACUAGAACAUGGUUUUUUAAAGCUUGCCUAUUCCAUAGAAGAUGGUAAUAGAACUGUGAUAGAAAGACCACCUUAUCCACCAGUCAAUGAUGGAUUGUGGCACAGUGUUGUUGUAAUGUUUUAUCCUGUGUCAAUGGCUAUAGAUGGCAAACAUUUCGCCCAGGAGCUAGCGAGGUAUCCAAAUAUAACUACAAAUGGUGUGUUCUACAUAGGAAAUAUACCUAAUAUAAACUCAAGUCUUAUAGAAGAAACUCAUGGCAUGUUCACGGAACCGUUCGAGGGGUGUAUAGAAAUGUUUGGUAGCAAUAACGACUUCGUAGAUGAUUUUAAUAAAAUUGAUGGAAGAAAUGUUGAUAGUUGUGAUUUGUUUUGAAAUAAAAAUGUUUUGUUGUUUUUUA